AUGGCCACAGUUUUAGACGCGCUCCUGCAUUCCCUCGGAGAGCUUUCUAAACGAAGCGUCAAGCGUUCGGCGCACGUCUGGAGCGCUCGGCUGGGCGAGAUCUACAACAGGCGGCAGAACAUAUCGCCUAGCCAGGUGCCCGUUAUAGUCCGAUGCAUCGUUGACAACCAUCUGGAGACUCACCCUAAAAGCAAGGCGCUGUUGGAGCACUUUUCCCCAAUUUCCAUCCAACUGGAGGGCGUUGCAGCAGCCGACGUUGCCGCUAUUUGCUACGCAUUCAGCGCCAUUGGUCAGGACGCCGCGGCGGAGUCGCUGCUACGGGACUGCUGGCAUCGUGCAGAGGCGAUCUCGGAAGACCUGCGUGGAUACCGCGAUUUAGUUAGAGUCACAUCUCUAGCCACCAGUAAGCAAUUGGCAGGGGGCGGGGGGGAUGUUAGAGGCUGCGCGCAACAAGGUGGCGCAUCAGAAUUGUGCGAACGAGUUAUUGAUGACACUUCGGGCAAGCUACGUGCCCUACAGUGCAGUUUGAACACCAGCGGUGUUUACAACUCAGUUGCCGGUGACCUUCUCGUGGAAACCGUGUACCUCUGCAACCUUGUCAAGAGGAGCGCGUCGUUUUUCAAUGGCUCGAAUCGGUGGAUUGACUUCGCGUCGAUAGACGGGCGCGUUCGCAUAUCCCACCUGCUGGCGCAUAACCACAGGAGUGUUCUAGAACAACAAAUCGCCUCAGCAAGCUUCCAAGACACCCUUGCAGUGCUUCGUCACCUCAUGUACAUGCGGCAUCAUCAGCAGGACCACAUCCACCAGUUGUUCAACCGGCUCUGCUCAACCGCCGGCAAGUCUACGCGCAUGUGCCGCUCCGAAGCCUGCUCGAUUCUGGACAACUUCAUCCAUGUGCUACGAGCGGCAGCGGACGCUAGGGCCGGAACCCCAGCCGCCGACUCCACGCAGCAGCUGCUUGCAUAUCUUACCGGAAUACGGCGAACAGGAGUUUUGAGCGGCGGUCACAUAUCUACACAUCGCUGGAACUACCCGGUUAUGCUGCCUGGAAAUGGAUGA